AUGGCAGUGAGGGCUUCUGCUCUUCCACUGGUGGCGAAGGUGGCGACUGCGGGUGCCGCUGGUACUGGUACUCGGCUUGUUGCGGGAUGUGGGUCGAGUACUGGGAGGGAGCUGCUGCGUAUGACGGCGGUUGAGGAUGCUGGUGGUGGUGGUGUUGUUGUUGAGGAUAGUAGUGUGUCUGUGGGAGUUGCUGCUGUUGGUGUUGAUAGUGACGGUC